AUGGAGCCCCCGCCCGGCAACUGGAGCGAGGUGGAGACAUAUCAUCUUCUGAGGCGCCCUUUGCCGGUGACUCCGGCUCCCGUUGCUAUGAAGAUGGAGGCGGAUGGGCAGCUGGUAAAACGCCUGCGGAGGUGGGACCACCAGCGGGAGGCUGCUGGAGCUCCGGCGGCCGGCAAGCAUCUCUUGCCGGCGCCGCUUCCGGCACCGGCGGCCUCGGCUACGUCCAACCCGAAGCAGGCGACGGCUCUAUUCUCGGCCCCGAUGAUGAAGGAGAAGUUCGAAGGUGCCUGCGCGGGGCCCCCGGCAUCGCCAGCAGUUCCGGAGGCGAGCAGUGUGCUUCUUCCGGAGCCUCCCUCCGCUCCGAGGGCUCCUACGAAGGUGAUAGUGAUCCCGGCUCCGCCUGCGCCUCCUUCGGCGGAAGGAUCCCGGCGCCCCCGGAAACGCAAGCACAAGAAGAAGGCGGGGAAGGACGCCCGUUCGGAGGAGGCCAAGCUGGGCUUGCAGGAGUGGCCUCAGCCGCCGCCUCCGCCGGCCCGUAUCGACGGCAACCCCCUGGGGAAGGUGAUCGAGCUCAUGGACUCGCUCACGGCGAAGCUCACGGCCGAUGGCGAGGCCGAGGACAAGGCCUUCCGGGAGUACGUCGAGUGGUGCGACGACACCUCCAAGGGCCAGCAGAACGAGCUGAAGACCGCCACCGCCAAGAAG